AUGGCGGAGAGCGAGGCCGAGACGCCCAGCACCCCGGGCGAGUUCGAGAGCAAGUACUUCGAGUUCCACGGCGUGCGGCUGCCGCCCUUCUGCCGCGGGAAGAUGGAGGAGAUCGCCGACUUCCCGGUGCGGCCGAGCGACGUGUGGAUCGUCACCUACCCCAAGUCCGGCACCAGCUUGCUGCAGGAGGUGGUCUACCUGGUGAGCCAGGGCGCGGACCCCGACGAGAUCGGCCUGAUGAACAUCGACGAGCAGCUCCCGGUGCUGGAGUACCCGCAGCCCGGCCUGGACAUCAUCAAGGAGCUGACGUCACCCCGCCUCAUCAAAAGCCACCUCCCCUACCGCUUCCUGCCCUCCGACCUCCACAACGGCGACUCCAAGGUCAUAUACAUGGCUCGGAACCCCAAGGACCUGGUGGUGUCCUACUACCAGUUCCACCGCUCGCUGCGCACCAUGAGCUACCGGGGCACCUUCCAGGAGUUCUGCCGGCGCUUCAUGAACGACAAGCUGGGCUACGGCUCCUGGUUCGAGCACGUGCAGGAGUUCUGGGAGCACCGCACCGACGCCAACGUGCUCUUCCUCAAGUACGAGGACAUGCACCGGGACCUGGUGACGAUGGUGGAGCAGCUGGCCAGGUUCCUGGGGGUGUCCUGUGACAAGGCCCAGCUGGAGUCGCUGAUUGAGCACUGCCACCAGCUGGUGGACCAGUGCUGCAACGCUGAGGCCCUGCCCGUGGGCCGGGGGCGCGUGGGGCUGUGGAAGGACAUCUUCACCGUGUCCAUGAACGAGAAGUUCGACCUGGUGUACAAGCAGAAGAUGGGGAAGUGCGACCUCACGUUUGACUUUUAUUUAUAA